UAGCAUCGGCGGGAAUGCAGACCUCAGAAAGGAUGAGCACUUUGGACGACCUUGAGGAAAUGGCACAGAGUCCCGUUAGCCAAAAUUUCGGAUCACGGCACAAUCGCCGAGCCUCUGUAGGGAGGAUCACGUUGGAGGACACUGCCAUGGCCAGGAAGGCCUUGACGACAUACAGCAGUUUCUCAUCGAUGGACCAACUCAAACGAAAAGGGGUUUUAUCAGGAUCGCAGUCACCUGUUGCUGGUAAGAGCCCCACAACGAAAAGGUCCAGGUUCGAGAAAAUUGAAUCGGAAGAAUCGAAGACAGAAAUUCUUAGUGCAGCCGUUGCGAUUUAUCAAGUCCUUUACGCUCCGAAAGGCAGAUUAUACAACAGGAAUGCAAGCGAAUGGGCAGAAUUACGGACAAAGAAUCUCUUCUGGGCCUACAUUUGGACGUUGGCUGGGAUGGUUGUGGCUGUUUGGGAGAACGAAGUACUGUGGUCGAAUGACCGCACCCCCGAUCUUCAUACGUUUUGGUUGAAAGUGCUAAUUGUCGUCACUACCAUCAUUGCGAUGUACUUUUAUCGAGAAUACUAUCGAGCCGCCAUUGCUCAGGAAAGGCUGCGAGGAAAUCCUCUGCACAAUGGGUUUGUUUCCUAUGUCAAUCUUCAGGCAUGUGGCCUUUACGUGCAAGCUGUUCUCGAUUUGCUGUGCCUCUUGCCAAUGCCUCUACCAUUCUUGGACUUCGAGUUUGAUGUUUGGAAUGACUCCUUUGAAGGAUCUUGCACCUAUCAGAUUGAUGUGUUCCUUAUGGUUGUGAUGUUUCUUCGUAUCAGAAUGUUUCCGCGCUUCUAUGGGGAAUGCAUCAGCGGACUUGCCAGUGACAUCGCAAGAGCUUACGGAAAUGUAACAAAGCUUGUCGUUGGGGAAUCUUUCAUAUCCAAAUAUCUUCUCACAUCCAAUUUCAAUAUGGUUUGUAUGCUCUGGCUCCUGCUGAUUCUUUUCUAUUCGUACUGUUUGAUGCUCUUUGAACGGCCGAUGGUCUUCAUAGAUGUCCCUCACAGUCGAUUGGAUCGUUUUGCCAAUUGCGUAUGGUGCACCGUGAUCACCAUGACUACUGUUGGUUAUGGCGAUGUCUUCCCAUCGACUCGUUUCGGCCGGCUCAUAGCCAUGCUCUCUGCGAUAUCAGCCAUGAUCAUGGUCGCUGUUUCGACAAACAUCGUAAAUGUGGUACUUUCACAGCAUCGACUUGAGGUCAUGUGCUUGCGAGCUGUCGAGAUGUUGGCAUCACGUGACGAUGUGAAGAUCAAGGCAGCAGAGGUCAUUCAGGCUGUCUGGCGUGCUUAUGCUGGGCCAGAGCGGAGCAGCAAACGUCGAAAAGGGAGGAAGGUCAGGGACAACGAUGAAGUUCUCCUCAAGGUAGUUGCAUUCACAGAGGCUUCAAGGGCGCACAUUACUUCCAAGAACGACUUCAACUCUGAUGAGGUGGCCUUGUUGGGGCAGUGUAUGAGCAUCUCGGAUCGUUCCCUGUCUUCUAUGGAUGGAGUGGUGGAGAAACUUGAUUCGGCCAUCGCAAAUCUGCAAAAGCUCGACGGAUGCUAA